AUGCCUUCUACAAAUGGUACAACCGAUCCCUUGGAAUAUCAAAAGAUAUUCCACUGGGCUGAAACACAGAAGGAUGGCACUAUCCCUUCGUUUAACACAAGACGCAAUGACCCUUACAAGUAUCAAGCCGGAUUCGGCAACUCCUUCUUCAGAUUUGAAUCUGAAGCUGUCCCUGGCACUAUUCCACAUGGCCAAAAUAACCCCCGCAACGUGCGCUUUGGUCUCUACGCCGAGCAAGUUACCGCAACUGCCUUUGUGGCACCCCGACAUGCCAACAAGAAGGCAUGGCUGUACCGUGCCCGCCCAGCCGUUGCGCACCAAGGAUUCCGUCCCAAUCAGACCGAAUUGCCAGACAUCGAAGACACCGAGUCCAACUUUCUGCCGCUGAAUCCUCGUAUUCAUGUCUCCCCGACUCAGCUCGCAUGGCACCCAUUUGAUAUCCCCGAGACCGGCGAGGUAGAUUUUGUCUCUGGACUCAAGACCGUUGCUGGCUCCGGAGACCCUACUCUACGAGAAGGUAUCGCGACACACGUCUAUGUUGCCAACACGAGCAUGACGAAGAAAGCCUUCGUCAACUCCGACGGUGAAUUUCUGAUCGUCCCGCAACAGGGUGCAUUGGACAUCCAAACGGAGUUCGGUAAAUUGUAUGUCCAGCCUGGCGAGCUUUGCGUAAUCCAGCGUGGCUUGCGCUUCCGUGUGGAAUUGCCCGAUGGACCAUCCCGCGGAUACAUCCUGGAGGUCUGGGGAAGUUGUUUCGAGCUCCCGGAGCUGGGUCCUCUUGGUGCAAACGGUUUGGCCAAUGCACGGGACUUCCUGACUCCCGUUGCUCAUUAUGAGAUUGCUCAGGAGCCUUGGGAGAUCGUGUACAAGCUUGGUGGAAAGUUCUUCAAGAGCACCCAGAAUCACAGCCCCUUCGACGUGGUUGCUUGGCACGGAAACUAUGUCCCGUACAAAUACGACCUGACGAAAUUCGUGAACGUCGGAUCCAUCUCCGUGGACCAUAUCGACCCAUCCAUUUUCUGCGUGCUUACAGCCCCAUCUCGCGAUCUCAAUGCCCCAUUGGCCGAUUUCCUUACUUUCUCCCCGAGAUGGGACGUCGCAUCCCACACUUACCGACCUCCUUACUACCACCGGAACGUCGCAUCAGAACUGAUGGGUUUAAUCUAUGGCGACUACGGCGGUCGCUCGGAUGCAUUCAAGCCAGGCAGUGUGUCUUUCGAAUGUGGCUUCGUUCCUCACGGUGUUGCGUACGAGGAAUUCAAGGCUGCCAGUGACGAUGUGCCGCCUGAGAUGCGGAUCUCCGAGGCGUCGAUUGCCUUCAUGUUUGAGUCGAGUCGACCUUUCACUAUUACUGAUUUUGCGUGGAACAGCGCUAAGAAGCAUGAGCAUGAGCCUAAGAUGUGGGAUAGCUUGGUCGAUCAUUUCUCUGAGCAUGCUGAGGAGGUCGAGGCUAUUUUGGCCAAGGCCAAGAACUUGUCUGUUUAA